AUGGUUGCAUUGAGUUCAAAUGCUCUUAUUGCAGUAAUAGUGGUUGUCGUAGCUGUUGUUGUAUUUGUUGUACUCAUUUUGAUUUGUUGUUUAUGUCGACAGUGUGAACAAUGUGCCAAAUGGUCACGACGAAAAGCAUAUGCACGAGAAGAAGCAGAACAUGAAAGACAAAAGACUGAAAGACAACGUCAAUUUGAUCAAGCUGAAACAGAACGUCAAGCAAUACGAGAUCAAAUUCGUGUAAAAUACAAUUUAAACGAUGGCAAAUCAAACGCAGCAGCUAUUCCAUAG